AUGUCUUCUAUCCCGCUCUUUCUUGCCAUAAGUAAGGGUGACGGCGUCUUUAAACAAUGGAGUCUCUUCAUCGAUGAAGAAACCCAGAACAACAAAACUGUUCUCCAAGUCAAAGGAUCGGAUGGCCAUUUCCGAUAUGAACAUGAAACCAAAGAUAUACGAAAAUCGCCCGACUUACUUGAGUUGGUCUAUAUUUGCAACGUGGACGUUACAAAAGCAAACGAUAUUCAAAAGAUCGCAAGUGAAGCUGCUGUUCUCAAUGAUAUUCGGGGGUGGAAUUGUCAGGAUUAUGUGCUUGAUCUUAUAGAAUUGUUAGAAGAGAAGAAAGUUUUGAAUGGGGGUGAUGGGGUGUAUAGGAUGCGGAUGGACUAUGUGAGAGGCAUACAGGAGGGUUUGGCUUAG